GCUGAGUAGCGACUUCGUGGGGUCGGCACAGCCACUUAGCCUGCACCACUCAUGGAGGCAGCGACGGCUCGGCUGCUGGCUGGCAGCGCGCUGCUAAGAAGAAACUUCCCAACUUGCCUGUCUUCUUGGAAAACUCCUCCCCGUGUCCUGAAAUCUUCCCAGUCAGCAGCUCUCCUUGGUAUAACAAACCCCGGGCUGUCCUGUGCCCCCCUCCAGAUGUUUACAGAUGAGGAGAUGAUGAUAAAGAACACAGUUAACAAAUUUGCCCAGGAACAGGUUGCUCCUCUGGUUUCAACAAUGGAUGAAAAUUCAAAAAUGGACACCUCGAUAAUACAAGGAUUAUUUCAACAAGGGUUGAUGGGUAUUGAAAUUGAAACAAAGUGUGGAGGAACAGGAGCUUCCUUUUUUACGUCUAUCCUAGUGAUAGAGGAAUUAGCCAAAGUUGAUGCCUCUGUGGCUUUGGUAUGUGACAUCCAGAACACAGUAGUUAACAAUCUAAUUAGAAAAUACAGAACAGAAGAACAAAAGGCUACCUAUUUGACCAAGCUUGCGACAGAAAAAGUAGGAAGUAUCUGCCUUUCAGAGGCUGGAGCAGGUAGUGAUUUAUUUGCCUUGAAGACCAGAGCUGAUAAAAAGGGAAGCUAUUAUGUCAUCAAUGGGUCAAAGAUGUGGAUCAGCAACGCAGAAUAUGCAGGGAUCUUCCUGGUGAUGGCGAACGUAAACCCUGACCUUGGGUAUAAAGGAAUUACGUGCUUCCUAGUAGAUCGUGACACUGAAGGCCUUCACAUAGGGAAAGUGGAAAACAAAAUGGGGAUUAGAGCUUCUUCCACCUGCCCAUUAACCUUUGAAAACGUCAAGGUUCCAGAAGCCAUUAUCCUGGGACAAAUUGGACACGGCUAUAAGUAUGCCAUAGGGAGUCUUAAUGAAGGCAGAAUAGGAAUUGCUGCACAGAUGCUGGGACUCGCUCAAGGGUGCUUUGACUACACUAUUCCCUAUAUGAAAGAAAGGAUGCAGUUUGGCAAAAGGAUAUUUGAUUUUCAGGGGCUCCAACACCAAGUGGCCCACAUUGCCACCCAGCUGGAAGCUGCAAGAUUGCUAACCUACAACACUGCUAGGCUUUUAGAAGCUGGAAAGCCAUUCAUAAAAGAAGCAUCUAUGGCCAAAUACUAUGCCUCAGAGGUUAUAGUAGUGGCUAAUAGCUUAAGCUUUGGAGUGGAGAAAUCUGAAUUUAACCUGGUAAAGGGGCUGAAAGAUAACAGCUUGGUGCAGGAAAAAAGCAUUGGCUUUGUGGUCAACCAGUCAAACCUGAAUUCAAAUCUUACGUCUUGCCUUUGGAUGGCGCCAAUAAUAGCUACCAUUAAUUAA